CUAACAGUAUCAUAAAGCAGGCCUAUGUUAUUAUGAACUAUGACCCUGUAUUUAAAAACGCAUAUUGCAAAAUGCGACGAUAUCCAUAUAAUGCUAGAACACUUGAAUUUUUAUCUGACAAAGCCAGUCUUUUCUUGUUACAAUACUUCCAAAAUAUAUUCUACAACUGUGGACAAAGAAAAGAAGUAGACUUGCGGUGCUUACCAAUAGCAUAUAGCACAGCAUAUCCACUACAACUCAGAUUAUGUGAUUCUUGCAAACUUUCAUUCAUUGAGAAUAAAGGCACAGUAUUUAUUUGUGGCACUGCCUAUCAUAUGAUUUGCUAUAGAGAGGAGAGCGAUAAAAGUUUUGAGAAAGUAUUAGAAAUUUUAUCAAGACUUACAACAGAAAUUAAUAAAAUAAAUUUUUG